AUGCCUGCUGGCGAUCAGACUAAGGUAACGGAGCCUGCUGGCGACGGAACGCUAAACAGACGCUCCAGCAAAAACAACGCCAAACUGCACGGUGGGAAACGAAAGGACACUGCCAGCACCCGUCCAACCCCAAGUAAGGUUACGCUAAUGGGCCUGUCGAUGCAGAAGAGGAAACAGCCAACGAAGAAAGCCCCCCCUAUCGGCUCGCAGCGUGAAUUCCCUUGCCGCCCAUGUGUUACUCGCGCCACAAAAGCACCUGGCCACGAGUAUACUGGUGCGGCAUGUUGGGACUGCGCCAAAAUGGGACACACUUGCAAGCCUGUGCCCGCUGGCGCCGUUGCAGCCGUGCGUGCUUUUUGGCGGUUAAAUCGGCAGAUCAGAGACACUAAUGGCCAGCCCGACGACGCCUGGCGUAAUGCUGCGCAGUACGCAGCACAGCAGCUACGUGCCUGUGACGCCGCUCGGCUCUGGAUCAUAAAUAUGGCCGCUGCUAUUCCGCUGCUGCUCCGCACCGCCUUCGGAAUUGAAAUUUCGAUCAGUUUUCUACCAGAAUCAGUCGCGCCAUGGGGCUGGAGUACAUGGUCCAAAGUACUGUACUACUUUUUACUACCCGUGCCCGCACCCACUUUUGCAGUGGGUGCUGUACAUGGUUACUGCGUGCAAGCCGGGAAGAAACCUGGUCCGGAAUGGUGCUGA